UUCUCCACUUCUCUCCUCUCCUCUCCUCUCUCUAGAAACACCACCCUCCCCACAAUUAAUCAAUCAAUCCAAAACCCCCAAAAACAGGAAAUUUUUAAUCCUUCCUAUAUAUGGAUUUACCAUCAGGAUCUGGCGGGCCAUCUGGUCCGCCGAAUCCUGAUGGUAGUACAACAGAACUUGCUGUUGGAAGAUCAAGGUCUUCCGCUGCAAAUCAACCACCAAGUAGAUACGAGUCCCAGAAACGUCGUGACUGGAACACGUUCUUGCAAUACUUGAAAAACCACAAACCGCCGCUAACGCUUGCACGGUGUAGCGGCGCCCACGUGAUUGAAUUUCUCAAGUACCUUGACCAGUUCGGGAAGACAAAAGUGCACGUGACUGGUUGUCCGUACUUUGGCUUCCCGAACCCGCCAGCACCAUGUGCUUGUGCACUAAAACAAGCAUGGGGCAGCCUCGAUGCGCUCAUCGGGCGGCUUCGGGCUGCCUACGAGGAGAACGGUGGGCAGCCCGAGUCGAACCCGUUUGGUGCAAGAGCCGUGAGGAUAUAUUUAAGGGAAGUUAAAGAUAGUCAAGCAAAAGCAAGAGGUAUUCCAUAUGAAAAGAAAAAGAGAAAAAGAAGUGGUGCUGUCAGUACUUCGGCUAGCGCCUCCGCAGCAACUACGUCGGUGGUGGAUGAUGACGGUGGUGGGGAUGGUGGCAUUAUUAUUAUUUCUAGUGAAGCUGCUCCUGUUACUCCCACAGUAUAGUAUUAUUUUAAUAAAUGAAUUUUACAUUAUUGAGAAUUAUUAGUACGUAUUUCCAGAAAAUUUUCGAAUCAUUAUUAUUAAAAUUUGACAAUUCGUAAUAGUAUAAUAGAAUCUAGUACAAUUAGUUUUUUAAUUAUAUAUAUUUUGAUCAUUUGGUUCAGCUACA